UUUGAACUUCAGCGGUGAACGUAUUCCAAAUUGUGUACAUCGUAUCAUGGUUCGAAUUUCAUAGCACUUUCACUGUUUGAUUGUUAUCGUUAUCAGAACCAAAAGAAUGUCGAAACUGCCUAAAACAGCAUUGAAUUUUAAACAGUUUAUGUUGCGCCAAGAAGUGCUGAAAUUGUAUCGCACCAUCCUCCGAGCGAUCCGGCAGGUUCCUGAUAAAUCAAGCCAGCACGAACUGCGGGAGUGGGCCCGUGCCGAUUUCCGUGCGAACAAACACCAAACGGAAGAGCUAGCGAUUAAGAUGCUUAUGCAGCAUGCCACUAGAUCCCUGAAGGAACUGCAAACGAGCUUGGAUCUGAGUGGUAAUUCUAAGGAUAAAUGAAAGUAGGUUACUUUCGGAUAUCGUGGAACUAUAUUUGAUUAACGGUUGAAUUAAGAACUCUUCCUGGAUCAGUGUUUGUAUUCGUAAGAUAGUAAGCGAGUCAACCGUUGUUGCAUUAUUGGCGCAAUAUGUUACCAAAUAAAAAAUGACUUGUGUUGUGCAAGAGUUUCUCGUUUUGUUUUUCUACUGUGAUUUGAACUUCUCAUUGACAGCAUUCUCGCCAGCGUAAAUCCUUUUGGCAAUCAUGUAGUCUCGAGCAAUUUUGAACAGCGUGAAAUAGUUCGCCAGCAAGAGGAAUCCGAUCGAUAUCAAAUUGUGCCACUCCCGUGACAUGCACAGAAUUAGCAGCUGAAUCACGAUCAGCACAACUUGAAUUGCGAAUAGGAUCAUGUAAAUUAAAGCCGGAUUUUUGAAGAUGAC